UGUCUCUUAAGUUUGCCUACUCAACAACUUAGGGCAAAUCACUUGACUACUCUGACCUGCUGGCUUCCUGGACUAUGAGCCAGAGAGAAGAAUCUCUGUUUAUCAGCUCAUCAAGUGCCUUCCCCUUCCCUGAAGAAAAGCAUAGAGCCCCAGUGGAUGACAGCUGUGUCAAACUGUUAGUCCUGGUGAGUCAAGUGACAACAAGGGUCCCAGAGGACCCUCUUCUCGGGAUACCCUUUGAAAGGAUUCCCACCGCCCUUCUCGAUUCUUCUUGCAUGCCUGCUGUGACCAGAAUGGAACUUUUUGACCCUUACCCACAAUGCCAUGCUGCCCCCACUGGUCUGUAAUGAUGUCUGGAAAGGAAGAGGCCAGCAGCAUCCCUCCCCCAGGAAAUCUUGUCCUUGUGUUUGAAGCCAGUGUGCCCACUGUGGCCCACUCCCGGUCUCCCAUGUCCCAGCAGAUGAUUAAUGGCACGGCUGCAUCACUGUGUUGUAUUUAACUCUGUCCCCAAGCAGAUAGAUUGUCUUUGCAGAUAAACUGCUCCUGGGCCCUCCCUGGGCUGUGGCUCCUGGCCCACUCCUCCCUCUGGGUUGGCAGCCUGCUACAGGGAACUCUGAAAGGAUCUCUCACUGGCCUGGGACUUUGCCACGUGGGACACACUAGUUGGCCUGCUUCCAAGGAUCCACCUAUCCCUGUCAGUCACUGGGAUUACAGCUGUGCAUCAUCACAUCUGGCUUUUACAUGGGCUCUGGGGAUCUAAACUCAGGCCAUCAUGUCUGCAAGGAAAGGGGCAUUCUCAUGAAAUACACACUUCUGACAUCCCAGAAGAAUGACUCUCAGUGUCUUGGGUGCCACUCAUUGGAGCAUUCAUUCAAAUACUCAUUCAUCCAUGUAUUUAGUCCACUGGGACAUCCACAGUCAGGAAGCCUUUGCUAUGCAUCAGUUACCGUGGUAACACAGGGGCACAAGGUUGGGAGUACUGUGUCCUUAGUCACAAAGAGACACAGACAGGGGACUGUCAGCUGGUGUCGGAGGAGCCAAGCAACGAGUCAUCAGUCGCUGGAACACCUGAGGGUAACCUUUCCUCACAGCCCGUCCUCCAGCCAGCCCAACCAUGCUGCUGAACCGAAUGUCGUCCGAAGACAGGCACCUGGGCUCUAGCUGCGGCUCCUUCAUCAAGACGGAGCCAUCCAGCCCAUCCUCGGGCAUUGAUGCCCUCAGUCACCACAGCCCCAGCGGCUCGUCGGACGCCAGUGGUGGCUUUGGCUUGGCCCUGGGCACCCACGCCAACGGUCUGGACUCGCCACCUAUGUUCGCAGGUGCGGGCCUGGGAGGCAACCCGUGCCGCAAGAGCUACGAGGACUGUACUAGUGGUAUCAUGGAGGACUCGGCCAUCAAGUGCGAGUACAUGCUUAACGCCAUCCCCAAGCGCCUGUGCCUCGUGUGCGGGGACAUUGCCUCUGGUUACCACUAUGGAGUGGCCUCCUGCGAGGCUUGCAAGGCAUUCUUCAAGAGAACGAUUCAAGGAAACAUCGAGUACAACUGCCCGGCCACCAACGAAUGUGAGAUCACCAAACGGAGGCGCAAGUCCUGUCAGGCCUGCCGAUUCAUGAAAUGCCUCAAAGUGGGGAUGCUGAAGGAAGGUGUGCGCCUUGACCGAGUGCGAGGAGGCCGCCAGAAGUACAAGCGACGUCUGGAUUCGGAGAGCAGCCCCUACCUGAACUUACCGAUUUCCCCACCUGCUAAAAAGCCAUUGACAAAAAUCGUCUCGAAUCUACUGGGGGUUGAGCAGGACAAGCUGUAUGCCAUGCCUCCCAAUGAUAUACCUGAGGGAGAUAUCAAGGCCCUGACCACUCUCUGUGAACUGGCAGAUCGGGAGCUCGUGUUCCUCAUUAACUGGGCCAAGCACAUCCCAGGCUUCCCCAGUCUGACACUCGGGGACCAGAUGAGCCUGCUGCAGAGUGCCUGGAUGGAGAUCCUCAUCCUAGGCAUCGUGUACCGCUCGCUUCCUUACGAUGACAAGCUGGCAUAUGCGGAGGACUAUAUCAUGGAUGAGGAGCACUCUCGCCUGGUAGGGCUGCUGGAGCUUUACAGAGCCAUCCUGCAGCUGGUACGCAGGUACAAGAAGCUCAAGGUAGAGAAGGAAGAGUUUAUGAUCCUCAAGGCCCUGGCGCUCGCCAACUCAGAUUCGAUGUACAUCGAGAACCUGGAGGCUGUGCAGAAGCUUCAGGACAUGCUGCACGAGGCGCUGCAGGACUAUGAGCUGAGCCAGCGCCACGAGGAGCCACGGAGGGCCGGCAAGCUGCUGCUGACGCUGCCCCUGCUGCGGCAGACCGCGGCCAAAGCCGUGCAACACUUCUACAGUGUGAAACUGCAGGGCAAGGUGCCCAUGCAUAAACUCUUCCUGGAGAUGCUGGAGGCCAAGGUGUGAUGACCCAGCACACAGACAGACGGACACGAUCCAUGUGGAGAACCUCCACAGCCACCAGCCUCGACUGUUUCACACCUUCAUCGAUCGGGGCUCUGAGCUGUCCCAGAAGAAGGGGGUUUCUUGCUUCCUGGCCAUGUGCGGACUCCUGGAGGCAGCAGAUGGGGAGACGGGGACGGGAGGGUGGGGGCGGGGGGCUCAUCUGUCACCCGCAUUUUCUUUGGUAUUUUUUUUUUCCCUUCUCCAUGGGCAGUGCUAAGGCUUGGGCCGGGGCUGGCUUCCCUUAGGGCUGGAGACCACCCGAGGCAGCAUCCUCUUCCUACAAGGGACCCAUUUCUGGACCUCUCCCUAUUGAGGACCUGGAUGGGCAGUGCUUAGUGCCCAGGACCCAAGAGACUUAGAUAGGGUGCUCUUGAAGGUGUUGGUGUCACUGAGGGCAGGCCCUUGGGGCAGGAGGUCUCUGUGGCCUCUCCUGAGGCUCUGUUCCUCCUCCGUCUAUCUGGGCUCCCUCCACUUUCCCCUUUUUUCUUGUCCCAGGACCCAGUUCUCAGUGGAUGCGCUAGAGUAGCCACAUCCCCACCCUCCCAAGAAGCCCCUCCCCUGCUUCCUGCCCCUACCUCAGCCAGCUGAGGUAAUUCCAGGGCAUGUACCUGGGAACUCACUGGCUCAGAAAAGAGUUGGGUCCAGUACCCACGGCUCCUUGCCUGUUGUUUCUCCUUCUUCUCUUGGGCAUGGCCAGUCUAGAAACCUACAGAGAGUUCAGGACCUGGCCCCAGCAGAGGGCACUUGAUUAGUAGAUCAAGGAGCCUUGAGACUCUCACUCAAGGUCAGCAGCCUAGGUUGGGGUGUAGGAUAUUGUGAGAGACCCAGCGGUAGAGGGGAAGUGUCAUUGCACCCUGGAAAGAGGAAGGAGUUCUAAAGGUCCCCCUCAGCCCCACCCUUAUCUCUUAAAAGGCAAGGCUUUGUGCUGUAGGAGGGCAGCCUCCUGGCAUUUGCACCAGGAAUGUUUGAUGCAGCCCUCCUAGGUCAAUUUCUAACAAGACCCUGCAGUCUGGUUGUUGUAUCCGGUGGUCCAUCAACCCACCCAGUCCUAAUAAACCCCUCAGCCCUAGGCACAUGAACAUGGCUCUCCUCUGUUUCACCCACCCAAAGGGCGGUCCUUGAGCUCACACUGAUGUUCAUGGGUUGGUAGGAUGUCCUAAAGAUGAAGCAGUUCAUUCUGGAAAAUGGACAUGCCACUUUUCUAAUAGAUCCUCCAGGCUUUGCCUACUAUGACCCCUUUCUGGAGUGCAAGGGUCCCGACCUCUUUCAGGCAUUCUGGCACCUGGGCCUGCCUCCCUGGUGACACCUCUAGAAGCUGCUGGGACUCCGGAUUGGAGGCUGGUCACUUCACAUAGUUAAUGCCCUUUUGCCCACAAGGGAUUCAUGCCUCUGUGUGGGCUCUCCUUAUCCCUGAUCCAAGGUAGAUACCACUUUCGUGUUUAAACUGGGGUAACUCUUAGGAGCUGGGUUUCCCUAUCCUGGCUUCUGAAAACUCCCCUCAACCACACUGUGUGCCCAGAAUUGUGGAAAAGGGGGUGUCACCUAAAAUUCCACCUAGUUCUCAGAACUUCCUCUGGGCCUCUGAACCACACCAGCAAGGGUUGGACAAACACCCACAGCUGCCUGAGUGGACACUGCCUUGAAGCAGCAGCAGUUAAGUGGACAGCCUCGGCUCCUUGGUCUAGUAAUGCCAGUACCCCGUAUGGGACACUUCUCGCCAGAGGUGGCUGUUCACCUGCUGAAGAGAAUGGACUAGUGACAGAUGAGUGCCCUGUGGGAAAGCUGGGUGCCCUGGGCACUUGGAGUUAGAGGGUAGAGCCCACUUGUUCAAAGACUAGCUAGAUGAGAGACCUCUGCGAGGCCAGGGGGCUCAAAACAGGGAAAAGCGAUAGACUUCCCACCUCCCCCAGUCAGAGCAAAAACCCAGGCUAUCUUCCUUAUCCAUUUCUGGAACCGAUGGAGAGGAGACCUCUCUUCGCAAUUGUGUAUUCAGAUAAAGAUUAUUUCAACCCAGAAAUAAAACAUAGCCAACCUUGUAGAAGGAGGUGCUGGCUGGGGUUUCUUUCCCUUGUCCCCUAACCUUUCUGAAGAUUCUGGAUGGUUUUGGCAUGUCUCCCAGUUUUUGCAUCCAUAAACAGAUGACUUCCCAGGGACAUGGCUUGAGAGAUAAGAGGCUCUCAUUUGGGGAGAGCAGGUUCAGAGCCUAUACUAUCUGUGCCUGGUCCUUUCCUCCAGACUCGACUACCCAUGGGAAAUGGGUGGCAAGAAGGAUGACAGACAGGCGACAAGGAGACAGGAGGGCCCAGAGUCCAAGCCCAUGGAACAGCACCAAAGAGAAGCACUAUGUGGAGAGAUUGAUUUAUUUUCUGAUAAUGUCGUGGCUGGAAUGACUUUAAGAUGUAUAUAUUUUUUAACCGGCAGUCCUUCGCGCUGUCUCACCUCCCUGUAUGUACAUGUCCUCCCAUGGCCCUCAUGUAAACCACAUGCCCUGGGAUUAUCCCAUCCAGUCCCAUGUAUCUGAAAUCUAAUAAAUAAGGAAAGGUCUGCUGA